AUGACCUCUACGAAUUCCAACGAUGCCAUUACUUCACUCAGAAGACUUGUUUCUUCUCUCCCAGACUUUUGGCAACAUGCGCCAAGGCUUUAUUUUUUCUGUAUCGAGGCGACAUUUCACUCCGCCAAGAUAACACGUGAAACGGACAAAUAUUAUAAGUUGGUCGAGGCCCUUCCUCCGACCAUUCUUUCCCAAGUGCAGACGUUUCUGACAGAUCCCCCGACUGAUGCUCCCUACACCCAGUUAAAGGCUGAACUCCUUCGCCUGGCAUCAGUCUCCGAUCGACAGCGUUAUCACGCACUAGUAAAAGAGGAGGCCUUAGGUGAUCGCAAGCCGUCGAAACUCUUGCGUCGCAUGCGUUCUCUCGUUGGGAACAUGAUCACCGACGACCAGUUCUCUAAUGAGAUGUUCUUAGAACGUCUACUGACGUCGGUACAAACAAUCUUGGCCUCUGGCUCAGACGACCUAGAAAUAUCAAAGCUAUCGGAGAUGGCCGACCGUAUGAUGGAGGUUAAGCGUUUGUCAUCCCCGACGAUUGCUCAGGUUUCCUAG